UCACUCGGGAUAAAACGUGACGUACAAAGCAGGUGAGCGAGAAGCGAGGAGCAAUGAGGAAGCAGUUAUCUAAGAUAUCAAAAAUUCCACUGAAAGCUUGUAAUGACUGUUCAUCGUGGGCGGCGGCGCCGGCCACACGCCACUCCCUCAACACCUUUUAGGCUUUUGCUUGACGCAACACUUGCACUCCGCUGCCCGCGGUGAAGGUUGUGGCUGCUCUGGUUCUUCCCGAUCCUGGAAGGUGAGCGCCGAUUCCACCGACUUUACCUUUACGCAGCUCUCUUGGCACCUGGCACGCCAUUGCCAAUACAUCACACGCUUCCCGUGAUAUGGUUAAGCUCAAGGGCUGCCAGCCCAUCAGACAGGUUCGAGCCUUGCCUAAAAGCAGAAAGUUUCCACUUACAAGGAGCGGUUACUGCACCCCCCAAAGUAGAGCAGGUGGAGGGUGGUGUGUGAGGUCCCAUUUCCACCCAUAUAUUUACUAACGAGCUCCAAAGCUCACUCCGAGACAGUAGUGGCUGGCGGUCACGAGUCCAGCAUGCUAUGACACCAUGAACGAAUUAAAUGUAUGUUUUGUCUGCAGUUUAGGGUUGGGGGUGACAGCCUGCCACCACCACUAUAACUCACUCCUCUACUCACUUUUCCUGACCCUCAACCAAUGUUUGAAAUUAGUAUCAUGGUGUAUACCCCAAAAAUCUUUCCAAAAUUAUUCGUGUUGAAAUGAGUGUUAUCGCCCGCCACAGCUUUGUGAUGUUCAAGCACCACCAUCACCGCCCCUUGCCUGGACUCAUGCAUACUGCUGCUCCAUGGCAAGGCAGACGUAUUACAGCCACAGUUCUCUACUUAAAAAAAUUAUCUUACAAGGCUGAUUAUAUGUAUUUCUCCUUAAACCCGGUGUAAACUAUUGACAGACCAUUCUUCAGCGAGUCAUCACCAUCACCGUCUGCAGCCUUUCCUCUCCCGUGCGGAAUGGCGGCAGUCACACGUCUCCGUUGCCCCGUGGUGCCGUCCAGUGGUUCGCGGCCCCUGAGCGCCACUCCACUUCGAGUCUCUCCUCUCAUCUUAGUGACGCUGGCGAUGGUGGUGAUGGCGUCGCUGCCCUGCUCCCUGGCCACCCUCCUGCCUCGAGAUGAAUCUAUGGCGAAGGAAGUGAGUGCAGCUGUUUUGGAUGUCAUGGAGGCAGUGGAGGGCAGUGUGGGCGUGGCCGUGGGCGCCGCGGAGCACACCGUUAUCACACUGACGGAUCCUGCCGCGCCGGACCUCCUCGCCACCGCCACACACCUCACCCGACAGAGCAGGGCCAGGAAGGCGGGCCGAACCCACGUGGUGCUGCCGCUACCGAACGCCACAACUCGCAAUAUAUCGCAGGCGAACUCCUCGACGGUGCUCACUCUGGCACGCCGGAUGAGGCUAUUGUCGCGCGCCGUCACAGUGGUGGUGGCGGCAGAGAGCGGUGCCUUCCUGUCAGGCUUUGCUCAGUGGGCCCUGGAUCACCGCCUGCUGGUGUGGGGCACAAGGCUCCUCGUGGUGACCAGCCUGUCCCUCUCAGACCUGCUGCUCCUCAUGCGGACUCACUGGACCUUUUCGAUGAUGAACAUGCUGCUCAUGAACGUCGAACACACUUCAACAUCACUUAGCUGUGGUCUGUACACCCACCUGCCCUACACGCCCCGCGGCCCGCUCGUGGUUCGCCUGGCCUCGUGGACGCCCGCCCGACGCCUCGUGCCAACCCACGCCGCCCCGCUCUUCCCCGACAAGUUUACCAAUUUCUACGGCGCCCAGGUGAACAUCACUGCCCUGCCCUUCCCGCCCUACUGGGACGAGCGGGAGUCAGCGGCGGGACGCUACCACGGCACCGACUACCUCAUGAUCAAUGCCAUCGGCCUGGCGCUCAACUUUACCGUGACGGUCCUCCCCUCGGCCACCUGGAGUGACGUGACGGACCGAGUGAAGGAGAGAGUGUCCUUCGUGGCCACGGUGAUCUACGCCGUGUUCCCGCAGCGCCUGGAGCACUACGACUACAGUUACAUGUUCGAGUACGCCUUCCACGCCUUCUGCAUGGCCCGCCCGGAGCUGAAGCCACGCUGGCAGAGCCUCUACUACCCCCUGCACGACUACGUCUGGGCGCUCGUUCUGGCUGUGCUUCUGCUUAUGCCUUUCCCCUUUAUCCUUAUCUCCAGGGCGGGCACCGAUGAGGGCCGGAGCAGCACCACGCCCACCGCGACGGGUCAGCUGAUACUGACUGUCGCGGGGUCGCUGUUAGGACAAGAAUUAGCCAGCAAGUUUAGCCCAGGAGUGUCUGGCCGUCUGCUGGCGGGUGCCUGGCUACUGUUCGCCUUCGUGCUAGCAUCUGCCUACCGCGGUAACCUGACGGCCUCCCUCACGGCCCCGAAGUACCCGCCGCGCGUGGAGACCCUCGAGCAGCUUGUUGACUCCGAGGCCCUGGUGACGAUGCCGCCCUACGGAGCUCAGUUUAGGGAUUUCUUCAAGGAAUCAGAAUCGUCGGACUUCAAGACGCUGGGCGAGAGAGUAAAGAUCGUGCCGACAGCAACAGAGGGUCUGCUGCAGGCGACGAGUUACAGACAAGCUCACAUGGAGGCGAGGCGCUACCUGGAGCUGGAGAUCGCCAGGAGAUUCACGCGGCCGGACGGCAGCAGCAGCCUGUACGUGGCGCGGGAGAGCGUGUUCCCCGGCCUGUCCGCGUGGCCGGUGCCCCACGACGCGCCCUACAAGCCUGCCCUCGACCGCGUCAUCAUGGCUAUCAAGGAGGGCGGCUUGUACGAGAAGUGGAGCCGCGACGUGCUGAGUGAAGCCCGGCAGGAAAGCCUUCAGGAGCAGCCCAAAGACCAGUCACGGUACGAGGCAGCGGAGGCGCCGUCAGGAGGGGACGUGCGCGCCCUGACGCUCACCCACAUGCAGGGGCCACUGCUGCUGCUGCUGCUUGGACUCGCUGCCGCCACCUUGGCCUUCCUCUUGGAGAGCAUGGGAAAACACUGUUACUAGCGGGACUUCGAGAGCCCACUGCAUGGAGGAAGACUGUUUCUGGGACAUGGACACCGGAAUGAACCAUGCCUCGCAAACCAGCGGGCAAGGUCUGCAAAGAAUGUUGACACCGGCACCAGCGUCACCGUUCUUGUCUUCCUCCGUGCCAGUCAGUGCCAUUAACAACUCGCUCCAUGACCAAAAAUCUUCAAGAAACGUGACCCGUGGGCAGCAGAUCAACAGAUGAUCA